UCUAUCAUCAAUCACGGAUGGAUACGCAGUUAAAUACCUUAAGCACCAGCACCGAUUAGUGUCACUUUGGUUAUUACGCACCUGAUGUCUAGUAAAAAAGAGACAGAGAAUGAUUCGUCGCAAUCCGAAGGCGACGAGAAGGCUGGUGCCAGUAGUGUGUCGGCACCAAGCUCGAGCAACGUUAUUCCUAAAGAUGAACACACUUCAGAGUCGUCAGACGAUGAAGGUGGAAGUACCAUUGAAAUGCUUCGCCGCUACAUGGUUCAGAAAUUAGGACUACAUGAAAACGAUGAUGCAGAAGAACGUAAACCCAAGAUUUUAGAUGACGUGUCCAUCCACGGCGUAAUAAAUUUUAUUAAAGAUGGAAAAUGUAAAAAAAUAAUUACAAUGGCUGGUGCUGGUAUUUCCACUUCCUCAGGAAUCCCAGAUUUCCGUUCUCCAGGGUCAGGGCUGUAUGAUAAUUUAGCCAAAUACAAUUUACCACAUCCCACUGCUAUAUUUGAAAUUGGAUUCUUUCGAGAGAAUCCAAAACCAUUUUUUGCUCUGGCCAAAGAGUUGUAUCCAGGUGUUUUCAAGCCAACACCCUGCCACUAUUUCUUGAAACUUCUGAAUGAGAAAGGAUUACUGUUGCGGCAUUACACACAAAAUAUUGAUACACUAGAGCGGGUUGCUGGCCUGCCAGGAGAGAAAUUGAUUGAAGCACAUGGUACAUUUCACACAUCACAUUGUUUGGGAUGUCGAAAAUCUUUUGAACAGGAGUGGGUAAAGGAACAUGUUUUUUCUGAUUCAGUGCCCAAGUGUGAUGAAUGUAACGAUAUAGUGAAACCAGAUAUAGUUUUCUUUGGAGAAAAUUUGCCACAUCGUUUCUACAUUUCUUCCCAACAAGACUUUCCACAAUGUGAUUUGUUGAUUAUAAUGGGUUCUUCUCUUACAGUUGAACCUUUUGCAUCCUUAAUAGAACAAGUGCCUAAGAAUUGUCCACGGUUAUUAAUUAACAGAACUAAAGCUGGUCAACGUAGUUCUGUAAUGGCAUUCUUAGGAAUGGGAUCAGGUUUGGAUUUUGAUGCAGAAGGCAACACUCGAGAUGUGGCAUGGCUUGGGGACUGUGAUGAUGGGUGUUUAGAAUUAGCCCGUGGCUUAGGCUGGGAAGAAGAACUCAGAAAGUUGAUAGCUGAUGGACAUGCUGGUAUUGAUACUUCAAAAACCCUUUGCAAAGAUGGAGAUAAUACAAAACAGAAAAACAAAAAUGUGAAGCUAUAACUCAGAAUUUGUACCAAGUGGUUAAAAGCUUCUUUCAGAUUCAAA